AGAUCCUCCCACUCACAAAGAUAUAAAUCCUCAGACCGUACGUAUGGUAUCCACUCUCUCAAACAGGUAUCAUUCUGCACUGAUCCUGAGACUGUACGCUAUGCACCAAGUGCAGAUCAAAGGAGGGGAAUGAAGAAAAAUCCCGGCAUGCAUGGCUAUAUUAAUGUUCCUGUUGUUCUUUCUUUCUGAAGCAGCUUCUGACUUCAUUGUGGUAACAGUGCACCCUGGAGAUGAUGCCAUUCUGCCAUGUCUGGCUGCUGAUUCCUCCAUCAGAGCUGUAGAGUGGACCAGACCUGACCUGGAGCCAAAGCUUGUCCUCUUAAACAUCGAUGGACACUUGGAUCCAACCUACCAGCAUCCAGACUUUAAGGACAGAGUGGACCUGGUGACCAGAGAUCUGAAGGAUGGAGACGUGUCGUUAAUUCUGAAGAAUGUGAGCAGAUGCGACAACGGAACAUACAAAUGUCGAGUUAUAACAGGUGGUUCAAGACACAACAAGAGAGCCAUCAACUCUGAGCCAAUCAGAUCCAUCCAUCUGCAGGUUACAGAGCCAGCAGGUUCAAACAGUAAAAACUCCAAGGAUGACAACUCAACGAAUGAUGUCCCAGAGGAUGAAAACUCCUCUCCUGUAGGCCGACACCAUGGACUGGCAGCAGGUGUUCUGCUUCUUGUAGCUGUUGUUGCAGUGGGUGGGGUCCUGAUAUAUAAAAGACAUAAGGACAAGAGAUCGGGACUAACUGCUGCCGAUGCUGAUAAAGCAUCGGCCGUUCAUUUUAUCUGACAACUCCCAGAGCUCUUUACACCUGACUGUUUUCUCAUGUAUUGUAAAUAUUCAACACUUUUUCUUUCUGUAGAUGUGUGUGCAUAGCCGCUGUUUGUGUUUUGCGUCUGACUCCUCACAAGACACUUCUGACGGUAUCAGUGUUGUUCUCUAAAGUCUUCCGAAUCAAACCAGAUCAAUCGGGUCCCGGGAGGCGGAGAUAGACAGCUGGAAACCCAACGAUGUCUCUGCAUAAGAUGUGGACAACGUUGGAUUUGAUCGACAGUUGCUUGAGCCAGUUGCAAAUCCAUGUUACGAGACCUUCCUACCUUUUUAGCCAACGAGGAGACGAUUCAAACGACACCAUGGACUACAAUGAAAUGCUCCUCCUGUGAUGUGUGUCUCUUGGUGUCACCAUAAACAGGAACUUUUAAAAUGCAUGGCACACCUUGAACAAUUUAUAAUUAUUUAUUUCUAUAUAUUUAUGUAUGUAAUUAUUAAAUUUUUGAGUGAUUGAUGUGUGUGUGUGUGUGUGUGUGUAUGUGUGUGUGUGGUUGUUUGUGUAUUUGAGAAGUUUUGUAUUUUGCACUUCUUUGAACUUUCCAAAUGGACCUAAGAAAAACGCACAGACAUACCUGUAGAAAAUAAUUCAUAUAAAAUCAAUUCUUCAGUCUUUAGUCUUUAGGUCUUUAGUCUAUAGUAAGCUGAGACAUGUGGCUCUGGUCUUGUGUUGUCUGUAUCUCACCAGAUGUGUUUACAGUAGUGUAUUUUAAUCAUUUUACAGAUGCAUGACUAGGAAGGACAAAAACUCAACUUUAGCCUCUGUAACUCUGUGUCACUAAGGCCUAGAAUCACCUUGACAUUUGCAUCAAAAGAUUUAGUGUUGCCUUUCCAAUGAUAUCAGGCACACCCCAGAGUGUCAAAGUAUAUGGGAGCUGUACCACUCUUAAUUUGGGUAUUCCAUUAAGAACAAAAAGAAUGGAAGUCAUAUUUCAGUCAGAUUUGUUCCUUUAUAAGUAUUUCAUACAUUGCACAACAACCAAUAAAUAUCUACUGAACAGAGUCUAAUAAUAACAACUAUGUACUGCUUCUGAUUUUGUAUUUAUGAGCUUGUUUCUGUGCAGGAUCAAUAAACUCUGGUGUCAGUG